AUGACUGUCAAAUCGCUCCCUGUAGAUUUACUUCACCCAUUUUUCGAACAUCUUACCACAGACAAAAAAUCAAUGUACAAUUGUUUGCUAGUAAGUCGUUUAUGGUGCCGAACUAUAAUUCCAUACUUGUGGCGCAACCCUUUCCAAUUAAUCCCAUAUGACCGGCAACAUCCCGAAAAGAUUCAGGCUCUCUUUAGAACAUAUUUCACUUGUCUCACAAACGAUAAAAAGUCUACUUUACUUAAAGAAUUUAAAGCUUUAGGCACUUUAUCGAAUCUCAACUCACCUACAUUUCAAUAUCAAUGCUAUUUGGAGAAUCUGCCAGAUAGUAUAUUACUUAAAUCAAUUGGGUCGUGGUUUCCUAAGCCUGAAGCAUCAAAAGGUGAUAGGUUGGCUCAAGCUUUGUGCUUUAAAGCAUUAUUUGAGAUGUUUAUACGAGAUGCCAAGAAUCUUAAAGUUUUAGAAUUAUGGGGAAUUUUCUGGAACUUGCCUAUUGACAAUGUCGCAUUGAGUGAAAUUAUCCACGCAAUUCAGAUUCAACAGACUAAGUUUAUACAAUUGAAGAUAUCUUUCAGAAAUGUACUCAUCAGCAAAGAAAGGGUUAUUCGUAGUGGAAAACAAACGUCAGGCAUCAUUGAAUCGCAAAAGAAGUUGGAAUCGAUAAUAAUCGAUCAAGGUGGCGGUACAUGGAUGGAUAUAUGCUUAAAUGCGUUAAAUGCUCAAACAGUUUCCUUAAAAGAAAUUAUUUUCAAAGAGUGUAGUUUUGCGGAGUCUUUUUCGUUACAGAACGGUUAUUUUGAGAAGUUUGUAAAUUUAUAUAAAGUUGAGUUUCUUGAUUGUGAAGGUUUAAGUGAUGAAUUUUUAUCAUCUUUACCUGGUCAAGUAAAUAUGAAUAUGUAUACAAAAACGAUUGUAUUUAUGCCAAACGACGACAUUAGAAUUUAA